AUGUCAGGGAUGCAGGCCGUUUGGCCAUCCGGUACAGAAUGUAUCGCCAAGUACAACUUCCACGGUACCGCCGAGCAGGACCUGCCCUUCAGCAAAGGAGAUGUCCUUACCAUCGUCGCUGUCACCAAGGAUCCCAACUGGUACAAGGCGAAGAACAAGGUGGGCCGGGAGGGGAUCAUCCCCGCGAACUACGUGCAGAAGCGGGAAGGAGUCAAAGCUGGGAUCAAGCUCAGCCUGAUGCCGUGGUUUCACGGGAAGAUCACACGGGAGCAGGCAGAGAGGCUGCUGUACCCCCCCGAGACCGGGCUGUUCCUGGUGAGGGAGAGCACCAACUACCCCGGGGACUACACCCUCUGUGUCAGCUGUGAGGGGAAGGUGGAGCACUACCGCAUCAUCUACUCCUCCAGCAAGCUCAGCAUCGACGAGGAGGUCUACUUUGAAAACCUCAUGCAGUUGGUGGAGNAUUACACCACGGACGCAGACGGGCUCUGCACCCGCCUCAUCAAGCCCAAGGUGAUGGAGGGGACGGUGGCAGCACAGGACGAGUUCUCCCGCAGUGGCUGGGCCCUCAACAUGAAGGACCUGAAGCUGCUGCAGAUCAUUGGCAAAGGGGAAUUCGGAGACGUGAUGCUGGGGGAUUACCGGGGGAACAAAGUCGCCGUGAAGUGCAUUAAAAACGACGCCACAGCUCAAGCCUUCCUGGCCGAGGCGUCUGUCAUGACAGAUGUCUGUGAAGCCAUGGAGUACCUGGAAGCCAACAACUUUGUCCAUCGGGACCUGGCAGCGAGGAACGUCCUGGUCUCGGAGGACAACAUUGCCAAGGUCAGUGAUUUUGGGCUGACCAAAGAAGCCUCCUCCACCCAGGACACGGGGAAGCUGCCAGUGAAGUGGACGGCACCAGAAGCACUUAGAGAAAAGAAAUUCUCCACCAAGUCAGACGUGUGGAGCUUUGGGAUCCUCCUCUGGGAAAUCUACUCCUUCGGGCGAGUGCCUUAUCCGCGAAUCCUGGAUGAGGGGAAAAAACCACCUCCUCUCCAGACUCCCAGCCCUGUAGCCAGGAGGGAAACUGCACUUCCACCUUCCCAGCUGGACUAG